UCCACCACCAGUCCGUUUGUCUUCCUCUACUCAUACAAUCAAGCGUUCUCCUUCUCCGGUCACCAGCCUAGUCUUCGGGAUAAAAAAGGUCAAUUGAACACUCAAAUUAGUAAAAACUUCCAUCACUUAAAACUUUGAGUACAUUUUUUAUGAGUAAACGUCAAUGUCGUACUUUUCUGCAAUUCGGCACUGACGAGCUUAUUUUCCAUGCACAGAAGUACCGUAUCUUUCCGGGUGAUUUGUGAACGUUGAUGCAGCUUUCUGGCGGAGGGGAGCGGCGCCAAAUGUGCGUAUGAAAAGAGAAGUAAGAAAAGGUGUAUGUUGUCCCUACCACUACCAUGAGUUGGAGUUUCCUGACUCGCCUGCUGGAAGAAAUCCACAACCACUCAACAUUUGUGGGCAAGAUCUGGCUCACUGUCCUCAUUGUUUUCCGCAUUGUGCUGACCGCCGUAGGAGGGGAGUCCAUCUACUACGAUGAACAGAGCAAGUUUGUCUGCAACUCAGGCCAGCCGGGCUGUGAGAACGUCUGCUACGACGCCUUCGCUCCACUCUCACACGUCCGCUUCUGGGUUUUCCAAAUCAUCCUGGUGGCCACGCCUUCACUCAUGUACCUGGGCUACGCUGUCAACAAAAUUGCUCGGGCAGAGGAGCAGGCAGACAGCGGUGGAGCGAGGGGAUUUUCGCGGAGGAAACCCAAGAAGCCCUAUCUUGCAGGCCGAAAGCAGCAUAGGGGCAUUGAAGAGGCCGAGGAUGACCAAGAGGAAGACCCGAUGAUCUAUGAAAUGGCAGAGGCGGAGAGUGAUGGUGGUGGAGCAGCGAAAGGAAACAGUGGUGAGGGAAAAGCAAAGGUCAAGGUGCGCCAUGAUGGGCGUCAACGUAUCAAAGAGGAUGGACUGAUGCGUAUUUAUGUCCUGCAGCUCUUGACCCGCUCCUUGCUGGAGGUGGCUUUCUUGUGUGGACAGUAUGCCCUGUAUGGAUUUGCUGUGCCUCCCACCUACGUGUGCUCCGACCUGCCCUGCCCUCACAGUGUGGACUGCUUUGUAUCACGGCCCACUGAGAAAACUAUCUUCCUUCUCAUCAUGUACACAGUCUCCCUGCUCUGUCUGGCACUCAAUAUAUGGGAGAUGCUUCACCUGGGCAUAGGUACCAUCUGUGAGAUCGUACGCUCCCGCCGGGUGCAGCUCCCUGACAAUGAGCUGUACGGGCUGACACUGGCACAAGGAGCUCUUAGUGAGGUGGGAUUGAGUGGAGAGGAUUACAGCAGCUACCCUUUUUCUUGGAAUGCACCAUCAGCUCCACCUGGAUACAACGUCGCCAUCAAGCCUCUUCUGGUAUCGACAGGGCACCACAACCAGCCACUACCCAUCACUGAUCUCACUAAUGCAAAACUGGCAUGCCGGCAGAACCACGUGAACAUUGCCAAAGAGGAGCGUCAGCAGUACACCAUUAAUGAUGAAAACCCCUGCAGAGCAGGGAUGGGAGAUGCCCCCAGAGGUGGUCAUAAGGACAUUCGUCAUCCUCAGAACAAGCUGGAGGCUGACAAUCCGGCCUACAGACAGCCACAGAGCCACAGUAAUAACCACAGCAAGCCUCACCGUGAACGUAAACACCGGCAGGCCUCCAAGCACACCUCAAGCAAGGGAGACGCGGACAGAGGCAGCAGCACCAGUAGUAGCAGCAAAUAUGGAGUCAUAAAUGGUUCAGAGUGGAUCUGAAAUACAGACGGUGACUUAUGUUUUUUUAACAAUGUAAAGCCUUCUCAGACCAACACAGUAUUUAUGUGUGUGUGUGUGUCCACACUGUUUAUAAAAAAUAGGCACGGCACCCAGUUUACAUUCUUGUCAAUAGUAUUCAUACCAUUAAAAUUAGUAAGGUGAAAUAAGUGAUUAUUAGUGUCAGGAUCUACCUUGUACCAGUCCACUGAUAGUGAAAUAUAUAAACCUAAACAGCCCUAGGGAUAAUAAAUAGUGUAUAUAUAUAUACUUUGCCAGUAAUAGCAGAGUCAGUAUAGUGUAUUAGUAUUCAGGUUUAAGUAACCUUAAAGGUCCCAUGGCAUGAGGUUUUUUAACAUUAAUAUGAGUUCCCCCAGCCUGCCUAUGGUCCCCCAGUGGCUAGAAAAGGCGAUAGGU